UCUUCUCCGGAGUAGUUCGCUAGCUUCCGUGCCAGCUGUCGGCAAUUUUCGUUGAUUUCCGUGUAGUUCCGGACGAAAAUUGUCCAACAUGGCGGACCAUCGGGAUUCACAAGUCGAGUUGACCUCAGCGCAGACGGAAAAACUGCUCCAAUUUCAGGACCUGACAGGGAUCAACGACCUAGAGAAGUGCAGACAGGUGCUGGACAGACAUGGAUGGAACAUGGAGGCGGCGGUACAUGAUACGUUUAAUGAGAACGAAGGCCAGCCGCCGGUGUUCGAGCAGCCUGUAGCCAGACCAGCACCCCCCAGGAUGCCUAUGAUGAACAUGAGCCCAACAUAUCAAAGGGUGUACACAGUUGCACGGCGAAGGCCUCAGGGCUGGCUGGCGUGGGGCUACUUCCUGUUGAUGUUACCCUUCCGUUUCACGUACACAACCAUACGGGACAUCUUUAUGUGGGCAUAUAGACUAUUUAUUCCUGAUCCAAGAAGAAUGUUGUACUCAGUUGUUAGAGACCCGCUCGGCGAUGUGGAGUCCUUCAUUGCCAAGUUCCAGAGCCUGUAUGGGGAGAACCACCCUGUCUUCUACCGGGGAUCCUACAGCCAGGCCCUGAAUGAUGCUAAGAAGGAGAUCCGUUUCCUGGUGGUGUUCCUACAUGGGGAGAAUGACGACCAAUCAGCUGAAUUCUCCAGAACUUCUCUGUGUGCCCCAGAAGUGAUAGACUUCCUCGGUGCUAGGUCCCUCUUCUGGGCAUGCUCUGUAGAGUUUCCUGAGGGGUACAGAGUGUCCCAAGCCCUUCGACCCAGAAGCUUUCCCUUUGUCAGCCUCAUCUGCCUCAGAGAACACAAGAUGACUGUGGUUGCCAGACUAGAGGGUGUGGUGCCUGCAGAUGAACUGAUAGCCAGGCUAAUGCACGUCAUGGAGGAAAACGAGCCGGCACUGGCCCAGGUUAGGGCUGACAGGGAAGAGAGAAACUUCACCCAGACUCUAAGAGCACAGCAAGACAUGGCUUAUCUGGAGUCCUUACGGGCAGAUCAGGAAAAGGAGAGAAAGAAACAAGAAGAGAGAGAAAGAAAGGAAAGGGAGGAACAGGAGGAAAGAGACAAGGAAGAGGCAGUGCAGAGAAGGAAAGAGGAGUUGGCGCGACUGCGGAUAGAGAAGGCCUCCACCAUUCCAGACGAGCCGGAAGACGACGACCCAGAAGCCACCAAGAUCAUCCUCAAGCUGCCUAACGGGACCCGACUGGAGCGGCGAUUCCUCAUGUCUCACUCUCUAGAGGAUGUAUAUCACUUUGCAUUCUGUCACAAAGACGCCCCAGACGAGUUUCAGAUCGUUGCAAACUUCCCGCGGAGAGUGUUGCCUUGCCAGGGCACCGAGGAGGCCCCACAAGUCAUAACGAUAAAAGAAGCAGGGCUAGGCAAAUCAGAGGUUUUAUUUGUACAAGAUAUAGGCGACUAGGGUGAGUAUAUCGUGUAGAAAGCACACAGAGAGAUCCGAUGAAUGGAAAAAAAAUAUUCAGUUGUACACUAUUUGUUUCAAUCACUCAAGUAUAGGUACAUAUAUUUAAGAUGUUUCUUACAUUUCCUAUGUUGGAAAAAAUUGAGAAGAAAAAUCUAAGAGCUUUGCACUUCUUUUUAUUUUUUAAACCUUACCCAUAUUCCAAAAAAAAGUUCAUUCAGACUGAAAAUGAAAACAGAACAAAAGAGAAUCACUUAAAACAUACUGUGUAUGAACAUGCUUUUCUAUAUAGCACAUGGAGAAUGAAACAAAAAAAGGAAGCAAAUACCUUGCUUUCAUUCACGUUGUAUCUUCCAAACUUUCCCUGACCUGGACAUGCGAUCAUAAGCCUUUAGGGCCAGCCAGGGUUGUAGCCAGCCUGAAACAUUUUCUGUCCCCUCGAUUUUGAAUCCUAUCGAGCGCCUAAAGCGCUAAAAUUUUGAAAUCUAGGCCCGCUAAAACUAUUUCCAGCAUUUUUAGGUGUAAGUAUGGCUGGUUG